GGGCUGCCCGGUUCCGGCGGGGGCGGAGCGGCGGCGAGGCCAGGCCAGGCUCCGGUGGCGGCGGCCGCGCCAUGCGUGCCUGGUAGAGCGGGGCGGGGGCGGAGGGUCGAGCCGCAAUGAACCUGCGCGGCUUAUUCCAGGAUUUCAACCCCAGCAAAUUUCUCAUUUAUGCCUGCCUGCUGCUUUUUUCCGUGUUACUCUCUCUACGUCUGGAUGACAAAAUUCAGUGGAGUUACUGGGCCGUAUUUGCUCCAAUAUGGCUGUGGAAGUUAAUGGUGAUUGUUGGGGCCUCAGUGGGAACAGGAGUAUGGGCCCGAAACCCACAGUAUCGAGCAGAAGGAGAAACCUGUGUGGAGUUCAAAGCUAUGUUAAUUGCAGUAGGCAUCCACCUGCUACUGCUGAUGUUUGAAGUUCUGGUGUGUGACAGGAUCGAAAGAGGAACCCAUUUCUGGCUUCUGGUCUUCAUGCCAUUAUUCUUUGUAUCCCCAGUGUCAGUUGCAGCUUGUGUGUGGGGAUUCCGACAUGACAGGUCUCUGGAGCUGGAAAUCUUGUGUUCAGUCAAUAUUCUACAGUUCAUAUUUAUUGCACUUAGACUAGACGAGAUCAUCAGAUGGCCGUGGCUUGUUGUUUGUGUUCCACUGUGGAUCUUGAUGUCCUUUCUGUGUCUAGUAGUGCUCUAUUAUAUUGUAUGGUCUGUUCUAUUCUUGCGCUCUAUGGAUGUGAUUGCUGAGCAAAGGAGGACACACAUAACAAUGGCUGUCAGCUGGAUGACAAUUGUAGUUCCACUGCUCACAUUUGAGAUCUUACUAGUACACAGACUGGAUGGGCAUAAUUCUUUUUCUUUUAUACCCAUAUUUGUUCCUCUGUGGCUUUCACUGAUAACUUUAAUGGCAACAACAUUUGGACAGAAAGGAGGAAAUCACUGGUGGUUUGGAAUUCGCAAAGACUUUUGCCAGUUCCUGCUUGAAAUUUUCCCAUUCUUACGAGAAUAUGGAAAUAUUUCUUAUGAUCUUCAUCAUGAAGAUAAUGAGGAAACAGAAGAAACACCACUGCCCGAACCACCAAAAAUUGCACCAAUGUUUCGAAAAAAGACUGGAGUUGUCAUUACACAGAGUCCUGGAAAAUAUGUGAUUCCACCUCCCAAAUUAAACAUUGAUAUGCCAGAUUAAGAUGACAGCAGCAUGUUAAACUGGAACUGGGAAUCAGCAGACAAAUGUAUUUCAUCUCAUGCCUUGUCACAAUUACUUUAAAAUAGGUAUUGCUGAAUCAGUGGCUUGGAUUACACAAAUCAGAGAUCUUGAAGAUAAUCUGAGAGCUUUUCUAGAGAUACGUGGUGGUCUAAUUUGUGAACCUUCCUAACGGGUUGGUUGCACGCUUGCCUGUAUAGUAUUUAUAUGAACAUUUUAGCAGUGUAAUAUAUUGUUUAAAAGUCUUGUCCUGUACAGUAUAAGUAUUAUCUAAAAGUAUUUUUUUAAAAACCCUGUAUGAAAUGCCUAUGCUCUCCCAGGUGUCUUUUAGGUCCUAAAUAUACACUUGAUUUCCAUUUCUGUUUUAAAUGCUUUUUUGAGGAUGCCUUUGUAUAGUACCUCUUUACUUCUUUUUCUGUUCAGCCACAAUCACUGUCUUAAUCACAGAGGCACAGGAGUGUUGCACUUCUUAGGCAAGACUGGAAAGCUUUUUGCGGGGGGGGGGGGAAAUAGAAUGUAUAGUAACUUACAUGAUGUUUUUGAGUUAGCUAUGUAAAUUUUCAUGUAAGUAUUUCAACUUUUGCACUGGCUUGGGAGUUAAGUGUUGGUUUUGUUGCUUUUCCAGUUCCACGUUUUAAUUCUUCUUGAGCAUCAUUUACACCAUUCUCCCAUUAGACUGGCUGUCUAAUAAGCUGUUCCCUCUUGCAUCAUGCGUGCAGUCUAUGCCAGAAACAUUAGUUGUGGGUUUUACAGCUGUCAGUUAGCUGGUAUAAAUAUCAUAGCUUGGUCUUCGUUACCACCUUUGUAAGAGUGUUGGUGUAAAUGAUUAAACUUUUCAAGAUAGGAGCUCA